AUGUCAACCAAAAAACAGAAACUAUGGGGUGGCAGGUUUACGGGGAAGACCGAUCCAUUAAUGCAUUUUUAUAAUGCUUCCCUUCCUUAUGACUCUAAAAUGUGCAAGGCUGAUUUAUUAGGAACUAAGGUGUAUACCGAAGGGUUGCAUAAAAUAGGCUUAUUAGAUGUUGAGGAGCUGUCACUAAUUCACAAAGGAUUGCUGGAAAUUGAAUCUGAAUGGAGCAGCGGUAAGUUUGAGGAACAUCCAGAUGAUGAGGAUAUACACACUGCCAAUGAAAGAAGAUUGGGCGAACUUAUCGGCACGGCUGUGGCAGGGAAGGUGCAUACAGGGAGAUCGCGCAAUGAUCAAGUAGCUACUGAUAUGAGAAUCUACUGUAGGGAAAUAUUGAACGAAAAGAUCUUACCUGCAGUUUCUAGUUUUAUUAGAGUGCUGAUUAAUAGGGCUAGAGAAGAGGUCGAUGUCCUAAUGCCUGGAUAUACCCAUUUACAAAGAGCACAACCGAUUAGAUGGUCGCAUUGGUUGUCGUGUUACGCAACGUACUUUACGGAAGAUUAUAACAGACUCAGGCAAGUUGUGGAGAGGCUGAACCAGUCACCUUUGGGUGCUGGUGCUCUCGCAGGUCAUCCUUAUGGGAUUGAUAGAAAAUAUCUUGCUGAACAACUCGGUUUCAACGGUAUUAUUGGAAAUUCGUUGGUAGCUGUGUCUGAUCGCGACUUUGUUAUUGAAAUUAUGUUUUGGGGCUCUCUAUUCAUGAAUCAUAUAUCUAGAUUUGCCGAAGAUUUGAUUAUUUAUUCGACUGCCGAAUUUGGCUUUAUUAAUUUAGCAGAUGCUUAUUCAACGGGCUCAUCUUUGAUGCCACAAAAGAAAAAUCCUGAUUCCUUAGAAUUAUUACGAGGGAAAUCUGGAAGAGUGUUUGGUCAGUUGUCUGGGUUUCUAAUGACCUGUAAUUCGAUCCCAUCUACUUAUAAUAAGGAUCUGCAAGAGGAUAAAGAGCCAUUAUUUGAUUGUUUAACCACAGUUGAGCACUCAUGUUUGAUCGCUACCGGCGUUAUUUCAACGUUGUCUGUAAACGAGCAGGCCAUGCGCAAGGCUUUAACAGUUGAUAUGUUGGCAACUGAUUUAGCGGAUUAUUUAGUGAUGAAGGGUAUUCCUUUUAGAGAAACUCACCACAUAUCUGGGCAAUGCGUUGCGUUAGCAGAAAAACUGCAACUAUCUGGUAUCGACAAGUUGACUUUAGAGCAGUAUAAAGCUAUUGAUGCCAGGUUUGAGUCCGAUGUUUUCGAUAUCUAUGAUUUUGAGAAGUCGGUAGAAAAGCGGAAUGCUAUUGGUGGUACUGCAAAAGUGGCUGUAUUGAGACAGUUGGAUAAUAUAGAGUCAGAGCUUAAUAAUAUACAAUUAAAACUAUUAUAA